AUUCAAUUUCUUGGAACGUAAUGGUCACGUAUGCCUCAACCUCCGGAGCCAAAAUCGUUCUGUAAAGUCGUCCAACAUCGGUCGUUGUGCAAUUGCAAAUUUAUCCGCUUAGAUGCUAUUUUAUAGUAGCUUAUAUACUCAGUUCAUAGAUUUAUUUUGUUUACGUGAUUGCAUUGUGUUUAUUCGUUAAGAAAUUGUAUAGUUAAGAGAGUAAGUUUUUCACUAUGGUUAUAGAAGGAAAUAAAGAUGAUGCUGAAAAAUGCUUCGACCUUGCUCGAAGCUAUUUUGAGCAAGGCAACUUAGAAAAAGCUGUUAAAUUUGUUCAAAAGGCUAUAAAGCUCUAUCCGUGUGAUAGGUACCAAGAAUUUGAAGAGGUUAUCAAGAGAUUUGGUAGCGGCAGUAAAUCUUCUAACAAGAAUACAAAUCAGAAUAAUUCCAGUCCUCGGACGAGUGGAGAUGAAGGUGUGCGCCACAGACCUCCAGGUUCUUCUGAUGAACCUCGAGCUUCAACUGUGGAAAAAGCUUACACAUCAGAGCAAGUUGAAGCUGUCAAGCAGAUCAAGAAAUGCAAAGACUACUACGAAAUCUUGGGGGUGACCAAAGAGGCCACAGAUUCUGAUCUGAAAAAAGCUUACCGUAAAUUGGCCCUCCAGUUUCAUCCUGACAAGAACAAAGCUCCUGGGGCUGCAGAAGCCUUCAAAGCUGUUGGGAAUGCAUUCGCAGUUCUGAGUGAUGUAGAAAAGAGAAAGCAGUACGACCUGUUCGGUCCUGAGGAGGCGGCGCAUCAGGCGAGGAGCGGGCGCUCACACUUUGACCAUACUCGUGGAUAUGAAGCUGACAUGAGUGCAGAGGAGCUGUUCAACAUAUUCUUCGGAGGAGGCUAUCCCAGCAGUCGAGUCUACGUUAGACGAGGUGACCGCUGGGAGAGUGCUGCUGGCGGUCGCACUCGCCAACAUCAGCACCAUGAGAGUCACACCGAGCAGAGCGGCCUGUCGGUUCUCGUGCAGAUAAUGCCGCUGCUCCUAAUUCUUCUUAUGUCGCUCGCAUCUUCGCUCUUCUCUGCCGAUCCUAUUUACAGUCUCAGCCCCAACAGCAAGUACACGGAGCAUCGCGUGACACCAAAGCUGCACGUAUCUUACUACGUGAAGCCAGACUUUCUACGCGAGUAUCAAGGCAGCGUACGGCGCCUCGAGCAUCAGGUGGAGGAGGACUACAUCGCUGCACUCCGCAACGGCUGUUACAAGGAGCGCAAUCACAAGGAGAACAUGUUGUGGCGGGCGAGAUCGUUCGGUGACGCUGCUAUGUACCGCCGCGCUCAGGAGAUGGCGACGCCUUCAUGCGCCUCUUUACAGGCCGUCUACAACUGAGCCUCUUCACAGGCCUACUGCCUCACUUUAGUGUUAAGUUUAAUUUAUCACAGAUAUAUGCUAGUGGUAGUGUUUCAUUCUUUCUGCUCAUUCAUUUCAUCAAAUUCCUGCAGGUCUGAUUACAUAAUAUAUCUUAACUUUAUACUCUGUUGUAUUGACUGCUGAGAAAUAAUUUUCUUUGCCAAUGGUUACAGAGAUACUUACUAAGAAGGAUUUCUCCUAAUCAUUGAAAAUUCUUGUUUGACACUUAUUUUUUUUUCAAAUGGAGCUUUGGGUAAUGAGCUCUGUUGCAACUGAUGACAAAAUAUGCUUAUUCAUCUUCAUUUUUUCUCUGUAUCACUGCGCCUAGCGCUUUAUCUUGGCGCCCUUCAUCUUCAAUGUCGUAUUUGCAGUUAUCUUCCUGUAUGUAACACGCAUCUUAAAUUAUAUUGCUAGUAUGUUAUUUUAAUGUGCGUAUUGCAAAAAAUUAUAUGUCAUAAAAAAAGGGUUUCCAACUCUGGGUCUCGAAUUCGUCUUCUGUUCUGUAUCGCUCUUAUAAUAUUUUCAUCUCUUAUCCCUUCCUUUUUCUUCGGUCUCGGAUCGUAUAUAAUAGGCUUAAGGAUUGACAUCCAUGUUCUUGCGGUCUAUUAAUCGCGUUUGUGGUCCCUCUGGGUUGCAAUGUUCAUUCACUCUAUUUUACCGUAUUUAUUUUGUCCAAGUUUAGCCUCUUUCCUUCUGUACUACAUUGAUUCUUGAUGAAUGGUCUGCUCUUAGAAUAAGUGAUUGGUGAAUUUCUUUCAAACAGAGAAUUGACGACGGACUGUUUUUUUUUCUUGGAAUUAUUUCACAACUCGUGUGUUUCUUGCCUUCAAAAACACUUUGAUUUUGUGUCAGUGGCAUCAUUUGGCAAUCAUCGGCAAUUAGAAAAUGGCAAUCGUCAUUUUCUAACAAUUUUAAGUUUUUAUUUCUAAAAAUCAUUCGGUAUUCACUUGGAAAAUUUAACCGAGGAAUAAAAAUUAGUAAAAUGAAAGGCAUAAUGUUGAAGCCAUUAAUUUAAAAGGCGUUAUGAAUAACGUCGAAUUAGUAGGGAAUUGAGUGCAACUUAUGUAUCUAUAUGGUUUGGCAUUAGGGAAAGUUGGGAAAACUCGUCUUCUCGUGUAUGUCACAGAUACAUUGUCGGUCUACAAGUGAAUAAUUUUGUGUUAAGUCUCCGUAGAUUUUAUUUAUUUUACAAUUACUGUUGAAGAUUAUUUUGUCCAUAUAAUUUUAUCCAUAACGUCUGAGCGUGCUUAGUUCGUCAUAAAUAUUUGACCUGUUAAUGAUUAUCGUUGUCAUUGACAAUAAAGGCAUUCUGUGUCAUAUGUUGGCUGCUAAAUUCUGCAAAGCAACCAAUAUUAAUCCCGCAAAAAUAUAUCUGACUAGGGAAAGAACGACUUCACGAAAAAAUAAUUUACAGAUUUUUACGGUGCUGUAUUUUGUGUUUGAAUGCUUCAAGUUCACAAGGUUGUUGUUAAUGAACGACCAGUCUCCUGUCAUGAUUUUGUUCAUAUGUAGUACCUUGAGGACUUGAAGAAUUAGUGUUCUUGAGAAACCAAAUUCUCUUUGCAGUUCCUCGAUGUGCAGUUCGUCCACGCGAUGUUUAGUUCCGAGUUGACAAAAAAAGAGAUGACCGGAUCGCAAUGGUACAUCAUUUGUUUGCAUCAAGCAAAGAAUGCCAUCAUAAAAGCGAUUUUCAGUAUAUCAUCUAAAGAAUGUUUACAAGAUAUUUAUUUAUCUCUCUACAGCUUCGGAUCAGGUAGCUCACGGUUCCCACUUGUACGGGUAGUCUUGACUCGAACCUUCCGACGCCAUCGCUGUUAAACUUCAUGUAUUAUUACUGCUGAGAGGCUUGUGUUGGGCUAGAACUGCACUGUAUUCUUCACUUCUGUGUAUUAUAGUCAUAUAGAGAAAUGUACAUACUUAAUAUAUCUCGUAGAUGUUAUUCACUUGGUUUGCUCAAAGUUUGUCUCAGAGCGUCGCAUUAUCUAACAUUCUCUACUCUGCUGGAGGCGCGCUUGCUUAAUAGAGAAUUUCUUUCGUGGUAUUCACAUUCUCUGUAAAAAUUUUAAUAUUCGCCAUGAAAAGUUGAAAACUAUUUUCGUAUUGACAUUGUUAAAUUUAUAGCACAUAAACUACGACUAAUUUGUACGAGUAUCUACUGCAGUUUGAAGGAUUUUGUUCAAAUCUGUUGCUGGAUAAGAGUAUUCAUUCAGAUUAGAACGCAGAGUAUGAGUGGAAAUUUAUUUGCUUUUCUUUUGAAGGAACAGUGUGGAAAGAUAUCGGUGAAUUUCAGUGAUGAGGUUACUUGAUUCAAAGUCUCCAGAAGAGGAUAAUAAAGCUUAAUUUCUUUACAUCACGAAAAAUUCGUUCUACUGUUUGUGUUGUACUCAUAAAACUGGAAAUACGGGCUCAUCUUUUUCCAUUUGAAUAGUUCAUAUUACCUCCCUGUGGAUUCAUAGUCUCCAUUUUGCCUGUAUCAUACAAUGCGGCUGAUGUACAAUUGAAUGAUAGACGUUAAUGGCAUGGCUUGAACAUGGCAAAGGUAAUGAGGUGCUAGGCAGGUUACGACAGUUUGGAAUUCUUGUCUCUCCUGGCGACAACUCGUGUAUAUUCUGUGACAUAUUUCGUUGUAUGACCGAGAUUUCGUAGGUAAAAAAAAUAUAUAUACUUACACAUUACGAAUUACCUCAAUUACGACGAGCGCGUUUCCACACUCGGGUAUAAACGUGCUGCUGGAGUCGUUAAAAAGACGUCGUUUGGUAGGAAGGCAAAUUUUGGGUGACGAAAAAAACUUAUA